AUGCUGCGGGAGUGGCUGGAGGCGGUGGGGAAGGACUACCACUCGGUGGCCUGGAAGGUGCAGGAGGAGCCCAGCACCCCCCUCCCUGGCUGGGGACGCCGCCAGGAGGAGUUUGUGGACACCGACAGCAUCCUGACCAACAACCAGACCCUCAAGUUUCUCAUGGCGCAGAACAAGUCGGUGGUGGCCCCCAUGCUGGACUCGCAGACCUUCUACUCCAACUUCUGGUGUGGCAUCACGCCCCAGGGGUACUACCGCCGGACAGCCGACUACUUCCCCACCAAGAACCGGCAGCAGGUGGGCUGCUUCGCUGUCCCCAUGGUCUACGCCACCUUCCUGAUUGACCUGCGGAAGGAGGAGACGUCACGGUUGGCUUUCUACCCGCCCCAUCCCAACUAUACCUGGGCCUUCGACGAUAUCAUCGUCUUCGCCUACUCCUGCCAGGCGGCCGGUGCGGAGGUCCACGUGUGCAACCAGCAGCGCUUCGGCUACAUCAACGUCCCCGUGAAAGCCCACAUCUUCCUCAUCAAUCUGGUGCGGAGGCCAGACCGGCGUCGGCGGAUGCUGGCGUCCCUGCGGGAGCUGGAGAUCGCCCCGCGGGUGGUGGAUGCCGUGGAUGGGAGCACCCUCAACAGCAGCGACAUCAAGGUGCUGGGCGUGGACCUGCUCCCUGGGUACUACGACCCCUUCUCCGGCCGCACGCUCACCAAGGGCGAGGUCGGCUGCUUCCUCAGCCACUACCAUGUCUGGAAGGAGAUCGUGUCCCGGGGGCUGGAGCGGUCAGUGGUCUUCGAGGACGACGUGCGCUUCGAGGCCGCCUUCCCGGCGCGGCUGCAGCGGCUGAUGGAGGAGCUGGAGGGGGCGCAGUGUGACUGGGACCUCAUCGAGGAUUACAAGCGGCACUUCGCCCCCCGGGACCUGCUGGUGUUUUCAGCUCACCCCCUCCUGGUUUAUCCCACCCACUACGCUGGGGACAGCAACUGGCUGAGCGACACCGAGACCUCCACCAUCUGGGACGACGAUGCCAAGAAGACUGACUGGGCUGGCUCGCAGAAGACCCUGAGGGACUCACGGGGUGGUGCCGGCCACCUCCGCUCCACUGCCCGCGACGAGCUCUGACGGGACGAGGGAUUGUGAUCCAGCUGGGAGCACCGUGGGCCAGUGGCCUGAUCCUGCCUGCUCCUGCUUGAGAGAUGCAGCUGCCCUGGACAGAUCUCCCCAGGGUCCUUCGAAUCUGCACGUGGCGAAUCCACCCAAGGCAGGAUUUGCCCCAGGGCUCCUGGAGAGCACUUUCACUGCCAGGUGGAGGGACCAGGGGAGCGCUGUGCUCCGUCUCUGCUGAGGACACAUCUCCAGGACUGCCCCGAGCGAUGCCAACUCCGCCAUCUCCCCCCGGCUUGGACUUUGGGGAGCGUUUUUCAGGGUGGGGGCUGGCUCCCAUGGUGGCACACGUGGCCUCCUGCCGCCGACCGGGCUUGUCCCUCGCCUGUGCCGUGUCUGGGCUGAA